UAUUGAGAAAACCGGACACACCCUUGAAACAAGAUGGCGGAGUAUUUUGAUGAACUCGACCUAAAAUCUAGUUAGAGAAACACACAAGCAGCAAUGUACUGGAACUUUAUUACAAGGGAAUAUUUGCAUAAAAUAAAACAUGAGACACUGGAAGGUUAACCUACAAGAAAACAGUGACCUGAUAAAGAGAGAGUAACCGGGAAAAGUUUCUAACUUUUGGGACGACACUUGUCGUGGUCUUCAGAAGUGUCAAACACCAUGGCUCAGCCUCAGCGUCGGGGAAUGCAAAUUGACCCAGAGAUAUGCUUCACAAAGAUGGACAAAAUCGGGAAGGGGUCAUUCGGAGAGGUGUACAAAGGUUUGGACAAUGAGACAAAGAAAGUUGUGGCCAUCAAAAUCAUUGACCUUGAGGAGGCGGAAGAUGAGAUUGAGGACAUUCAACAGGAGAUAAUGGUCCUUUCUCAAUGUGACAGCCCUUUUGUCACUAAGUACUAUGGUUCCUACCUCAAGGGCUCAAAGUUGUGGAUUAUCAUGGAGUAUUUAGGGGGAGGAUCUGCACUAGAUCUAAUGAAAGCGGGACCUUUUUCUGAGAAUGAUAUCGCCAUCAUCAUACGAGAAAUACUCAAAGGGCUGGACUAUCUUCACUCUGAGAGAAAAUUACACAGGGAUAUCAAGGCUGCCAACGUCCUCCUAUCAGAACAGGGGGAUGUGAAACUGGCCGACUUUGGAGUGGCCGGUCAACUGACAAACACAACCAACAAACGAAAUACAUUUGUGGGUACUCCAUUCUGGAUGGCUCCGGAAGUCAUAAAGCAGUCGGCGUACGACACCAAGGCAGACAUAUGGAGUUUGGGAAUUACUGCCAUUGAAUUAGCAAAGGGAGAACCUCCAAAUUCAGACCUUCAUCCAAUGAGAGUGCUGUUCCUGAUCCCUAAAAACAACCCUCCACAGCUGAUGGGAAAUUUCACCAAAUUGUUCAAAGAGUUUGUGGAGUUAUGUCUUAACAAGGACCCCAACAAUAGACCGUCUGCUAAAGAACUGUUAAAACAUCCAUUUAUCAGGAAAGCCAGAAAAACUUCAUAUCUCCAGGAAUUGAUUGAUAGGUAUCAGCGAUGGAAACAAGAAAAGGGCAACGAUUCCGAUUCUGAUUCGGAGAGUGAUGAGGACGUUCAGGAGGAUGAAAUGCAGGGUGACUGGAUCAUGACAAUUAAAGAGGCAGACAAAGAGUUAAAGGAAAGGUUGAUGAAUGGCAAUGAUCAGAAUCAUCCAAUCAGUAUGCAGCUGCCUCCGUCACAUGUACCCAAUAAACGACCAGCACCGUCUGUGCCCGUCCCUCCGGGCAAUCACACCCCCAGCCAGAACAAUAGUAUUAAUGAUGGAAUGCAGCGUCUAGAUAUCCGACGCAAUAACAUCUCAGAGCGUGACCCUGGACGACCUGUUUCCAUGGCAAUACCACCACAGAACUCUAGGAAUCAGGGGCCUUUGUAUCGCACGGGUUUGACAUCGGGGCAGUCUGAAUCGACGCCUAGUGUAAACAUGGCCUCAGUUGUUCACAGCCGAACUGAGUCCGCCCCUGUACUCGGUGAUCACAAAGACGCAGGAUCCCCGGUUCACCUACGUAGUAAAUCUGACACCACGACCCCCAUCGUUUCUCCCUAUAAAUCCAAUAUAAGCUUGUUUGGACAGCCUCCCCACCUCUCCAUCAUAAACAAUAGACCUCCAAUAUCACGCCCUAAAUCACAGUAUGACUUGCCAAAUUCUAGCCACCCCUCGGCCUACACGGGGCCGCCCCACCACAUCCAGGAGAACGCGCCCUUCAGGAAUUAUCAGCGACAGCCUGCCCCUCAACCCCCACAGAGACCUGUGUCGCAGUACGAUAUUCCAAGACAGUCCCCAUCACUUACCUCCACUGUAGGACCUCUUCUUUUGCAGUUGAAGGAGGAUUACCGAGAGGAUUACCGCAGACGGGGGCACCCUAUCCAGCGCACAGAAGUAGUAGACGAGCUUAGGAAUGCCUUUGAACUUGCUGAACGGUCGUGUUCUGGAAUCACAGAUGAUUUUCUGACUGGCGUCAUCAGUCGUUUGGCUACCACAAUAGUGCCCGAAUCGGAGAUCAGACGAGCAAUAGACAAAGUCAAACGACCCUCCUAGCAGUGAGAGGGAAAUGACCAGCGUUUAGGGGGCCGAGGAGUAGAGACAAGGGAUGGAGAAGGACUAGGGCUCCUUAGUGUGAGGACACAUUCCUUCAGUGUUAUAUCUUUAUAGACUGCAUAAGCAGCCAGCAUGAAUUCCUAUACACAACAUGUACUCUUUCCCCAUGUGAUGACAUUACAGAGCCCAUAGUGAUUAUCUCCCAUGAGGGCCCUGGGCUUUGGUAGUUUUAUACCUUUAGUGCCCAGGUUUGUAGUGGUACAUUUCACUAUAUCCAUAGAAGGCCGGGGUGUGUGGAGGCCAUGUUCCAUGAGGGCAGCAUUAAACAAACAAACUGUAUAUGGGCAAGUCUUGGGCUUUGUAUACCUCAUAUGUGUGUGUGUUGGUUCUAAAAAAAAAUUUUUGGUCAAGCAGAGAGGUGUUUUUCUGUCUUGAAAGAUGACUGUGCUAAUAUGUGAUUGGUGGAACACAAGAGGUGUCGAUCAACUACUGACAAGGAACUUGUGAGUCACCAUGGUAUCACUGACCUUGAACUUGUGAGUCGCCAUGGUAUCACUGACCUGAAACUUUGUGGAUUGCCUUGAUAAAAAAAAAUUCACCUGGAGUGAAAAGAAUUAUUAAAAAUGUGCUGGGGGGGUUUUGGAGUAUAAAAAUCAGAGGAAUGUUUCAUAAGCAUGGCUUCUGCCUCAGUUAAACUGUUAACCAAAGGUUUCACUUUUCAGGGACUGUCUUGAGUAUUUAUUUUGUGUAUAAAGCUGACCAAGAUUACAUCUGUCAGGGGCUUAAUGAAAAACAAGUUUUCUUACCUCAUCAAUACAUAUGUUACUGUAGUUAAGUUAUGACUGUAUAAAGAGUUAGCUAGUUCCUCAGAUAUAAUUUACAUACACACAUAAAUAUUUGUUAUAGCUGCACUCUUAUGUGUUAUAUGGGCUUCCUGAGACAAUGUGGAUCAAACUGUUUCACAAAUGCUUUUUGUUUCUUUGUGACCGGAAUUACCCAGCAAUGUUGAUUAACUUGUGACCUCAGCUGCUUUUUCCACAGAGAAGUACCACAUAUACUCGCAUAAAAGUCGACCUGCUUAUAAGUUGAUGACCCUUUUAGGAAUUUAACAUUGACCCUUUUCAUAAGUUGGAAUAAUUUUUUUAUCAGAUUGUCUGUCACCUUAAUACCUAUUUGCUAGCAAAUGUUGUAUAUAUUUUCUGAAUGUCAAUCUCAAUCUUUAUUAUUAAUAAUCUCAUAUUAGGUCAUUUUUGUUCAGGUUUUUUCUUUUGGUUAUGGUAAUUUGAACUAUAAUUGCAUUUGAGAGAAAAUUAAAUUAUGAGAUACUUAGUUCCCACACUAUCGGUUCUCAAUGUCCAAGACAACCAUCUGGAGAAGUUGGUCAAAUAAUUGGAUGAUCAAUUAAUUAUUGUAGUUAAAUUAUAAUAAAUAACGGGUAUUGUUAUCACUGUAUGCACCCCUUUAAUUGUUUGACAAUAUAUAAUCAUACUGCUGUCUGUCUUUGUUAAUGCUAUGUGUGCCUCCACUGAACGAAUAUUACGGGUCAUAUCCACACUGCAAAUUUUGAUAUGUAGUGAGUAUUUGGUGCACUGUUUUCAUACAUUAAUUCAGAAAAUGCUGAAUAUUUGUACAUUUUGUUAUUUAAGCUAUCACCCUUGUUGAUUUGUGUCUGAUUAAACUGGCAUGAACACUAAAAUACAUUCAAAUAUUAUAAAUUCUGUCGCAGGAAAAAAUAUCCAGGAGUAGAAUGCACAUAGAAGUCGGACGUAGACUUCUGAGUCCAUUUUACUCCCAAAACUGACUUAUAUGCGAGUAUAUAUGAUAAUCAAGACCACUCUGGUAUCGAAGUUUACUAUUAAGGAUCUUUUAAGCAAGACAAUUCUUAGGUAAUACUGCAAACAUUUGAUUUGUUUUCAUGUUUAGGAUUCCUAUCUUCAUAGAGUUCAUCAUAUGGCUUCUUCGCAUAUGUAUGAAAGGGAUUCGGGAUUUCCAAUCUGUAGACAGGAAUGUGAAAAAAGUAUUUGGAGAAAUCAGAUUAUGAGAUGUGGAAAUCUUAUUUAAAUAAAGAGUGUAAUUUGAUGGAAGCAGCAAAUUCUUUCUUACACGCUGUAUGUGAUAAGCGGCACCAUUUGCUUUUAUAUCGGGUGGUGUGUAUAUCGGGUGCUGAUGUACAGCACCAUUUCUACCGUAUUUAAGCACUUUGAUUAUUUUUCCAGUUGCACAGAAAUGUGCAUCAAUCCAAACGUUGACUAGACCUUAGAAAGGAGCAGUCAUCCUAAACCUUAUUUUGAUACUCGAUGACUUGUGUGCAUUAAGCCUCUGACUGUCCCGUAGUUAUAAUACGGGUCAGCUUCACUUCUAGUAUAAUAAUAUUACGACAGAAAGCAGUUUUAUGGAUUUUGUUCUGUUAAAUGUCAUCACCUGAUAAUUGUGCGAAUGAAUUGUGGGUGUUUUAUUGAUGGAGAGUGAUAGAGAAAUAAAUGUAGCUCUUUUUGAGGGUGCUCUAUGGAUGCAACAUGAUAUGUUGGGAUGAUUUUUUUUUCCAUGUUCAACUUUUAUAUCAUAUGAUUUUGUAUGACGUGUGAAUGUGAAAUUUCUUCCUGUUUGUUGAAGACAUUGCAGUAAUUGAAUUGUGGAUAUAAAUAAUGUUUUAAUUUCAUUGAUUUAAAAAGAAGUGAUUUUGUUACAAUUUUUAGAAAAGGGUGUUUGAAAAAUGAAUAAUUUGAAAGGGUCAAACAAUCUGUGUUUUUGUUAAAUUUUCUCGGUAUCUUACUUACAUUUUUGGUAGUUGUUAUAAUGCAAAUGCAAUGUAUUGACAUUCGGAAUUUCUUCUUUUUCUUUCAUAGCAUGGAUACACUUUAAACAUUUUUUGUGUAGUUUUCUUUAUUGGAUUUCAAUGAAACUUGAUGGUGCUGCAGCUGAGACUGAAUUGGGAGUAAGAGACAGUGUUCCAUAGUCCCUAUUUCACCCAUAUUCUGUUCUAUAGUGUUUUAAUUAAUGUCAUGUUAUUAUCCAAUAUUAUAGCAUCUUCUGGGGUCGGUUUACUGCAAUAUAUUGUUUAUUUAUUCUGACCAAUGUAUAACAAAGUAUAAAUCUGGUAGGAAUUAGGGCUGUCAACCUUUACAUUCGUUCACAUCAGAAAUGCAGAAUAAAUCCUGUUCUUCCCCUAUUGAAAUUAAUGUGUCAGUAAUGGCGUUAUAAAGACAUGUAUGGUUUCUUUCAAUAAUUUAAUCAACCCCAAAACAGAUCAAUGUGGCAUUUUGUUAGCAUUAUAAAGCCCAUAAACAAUAUAUUGAUUGACUUCAGCAACUUGGAACCAUUUCAAAUUUUCUUUACAUUUAUUAUUGUUUGGUGAAAAAAAAUUAAAUCAUUCCAGCUUUAACAAAAAUGGUAUGCAGUCUUCAAAUAUAUAUAAUAUACACACUUUUGGUUGUGAUAAACGGGAACUAAUCUGUGGUGUCAAUUUUGCAUUAAUUUCUGAUUGUGGCUUGUGAAUAAAGGUCAAUGGUCAGCUAUGAAGAUUCCUGCAAAGUGCCUGACCAAAAAUACUGUUCUGCAGAAUAAGUGCAUAUUUAUAUUACUGCUAGGCAGACAUUCAUAAAUGCGGACAAAAUUUCCCCACUAUAUCUGAGCUAGUCCGUAUAAAUUACAAUGUUUGCAGAGUUCACAGGUUAAGGUUAUGAUUUUGCAUAUCACAGACUUUUUAAACAUAUAUCUAUUACAACAACUGUGUUAGUUAUUGAAAGUUAUCAAGUUUUUUGUGUGUUUUUGUUUAGUCACAAUUAUGUGUGUAAAUGUGCAUGUCUGGUGUUGCCAUGGUUACUGGCAGUGAGUGAUGCAGAAUGGUUGUAUUUCAAUAUAAAUUUGACAUAUAACUAGAGUGAGAUAAAAAUUUAUAUAGCAAAAGAUGACAAAUAUAUAUUUAUAAUCUAUAACACAUGUAAAUAUCUAGACUAGCUAACACCUCUCCCACAUCCUGCUGAGAGAUAACAAUGGUAUCUAAGCAACUAGGUUAAACUCCUCUCCCUUUUUCCCAGAAUGCAGCAUUGUACAGAAGUCCACCCAAACUUCCUGUUUAGUUUGAUUGUAUCAAUCGAAAUUUGUUUAUAUCUGAACUUGGAAUAAAAACCACCCACUAUUGUAAAUCUUCUCAGCCUUUUAACUUCCAUGUCCUAUUGAACCGUUUCGUUCCAUUAUAGAAUACUAUUUAUUUUGUAGUCAGAAGAUAACAUUCCAAGGUUAAUAUUUUGCAGUGUUGAGAUAAGUGAUGUUACAUUUUGAUUGUUAUUGUGUUGUUAUUUACAGGGAUGAGACCCCCCUCCCCCGAGAAACAAAAAAAAACAAACCCUACUUUGUUAAUUUUCCGCAAUAGUCUCUGGUGUAAGACUAUUGUAAUUUAUAUUUCUGUGAUAAGUUCUUUCCCAACUAAAACACUAUCGAUCCAUCAUAUCAUGAACAUCAAUUAAGUCUUUGGCAAUCUGAUUAAAAUUAGAUCUCUUGUUUCGCUCGCGUAGUUCGCUACACAAUGCUAAGUGUAGUCGGUAUGAGAGUGGAUCUAAAAUAAAAUUUAAUUCGUAACAUUGAUAAUUCUACGUUUAACCUGUCAAAAAUCAAAAAGAAGUGAUUUUAUUAAUUGAUGAAUUUUUUCACCACAUUGUUUUUGUUGCUGUAUGAAAUUAUCGUUCUUAAUACCUAAAGGAAUGACAACUCGAGGUAGAGAUUGUAACCUCAACAUUGUUACGAUUUAUUGUUAUUUUAGAAAUAGGUGUAGAAUAUUUCGGUGAGACAGAAAUUGGGGAGAGAAGAAAAUGUCAUUGUUUAUGAACUAAAUGAAAAGAUUAGAAUGAAAAGUGGAAUAUAUCAGUUCUGUGUACACUUGAGAAGAUCUAUAAGUCAAUAUAUACUCUUCUGUUCAUAAGAAUAUUGUGCUUUCCAACUCCAUGUACUAAUGAUUAUACACAAAUAAAUUCCAGAAUAAUGUUAA